AAAGCAACUGAAGGAAAAGUUGUCACUGUUACUUUCAAUAGCCAGUUAUGCUUAGCAACCAUCUCCUUAGAUAAUAGAAUUAACACUACUCUAAAUUUGGAAGCAUCAAGAGCGAUCCUUAUUAAAGAAGACAUUUCUAGCAAGAUAAUAAAUAAACAUGCUGGUUUUAUAAUUGAUGAUGUACCAGUAUGUAUAUGCACUGAUGGUAAUCAAGAUAAUGAAUUGUUCUCACAAGUCGAUGAAAAUGAUAAAUUAAAUUCGGAUUAUGAAGUUACUAAAGGAAUUGGGAAAAAUAUUAGUCCAAAGAGAAUUCAACGAACUGAAGACAAACAGAUAAAUAAGAUCUCUAAAAUUACUAAGAAAGAUCAAAAUUUAAUCUUAAGAGAAAAUAUUAGUGGUGAUGACGGUAGUGAUGAUGAUUCACCAAGAUGGUCAGAAUGUGAAGAAUGCUAUGGAUCUAAAAAAGAAUUUUGUGACCUUUGUGGUUGUUCUGUAUGUAAAUGGAAUGGAGAUCGAGGUUAUAUUCUCCUGUGUGAUAGAUAUUGUGGUAAAGGCUUUUACAUCAGGUGUUUAAAACCACCACUUGCAAGAAUACCAGCCAGAAACUGGUACUGCAUGAGAUGUUCAAAGAAAUUAAAACAUAAGACACAAUCAGAUGAUUUAAGUUCAAGUGACAAUGUGAGAAAAAUUAAAAAUCAAAUGUAUGUGGAAGAUACAGAAUCUACAGAUGAUGAAGUGGUGAAUGAUAGUCAAAUGGUGAGACAUGGCAAAAAGUGGAAAAGUCCUUCGAAUUGUUUAGAAAAAUAUAAGAAAAAAGUGCAUCUAGAUUUACCAAGGGAUAUUAAAGAGAAAGAACAAAUGCGAUAUUCUUCGUCUGAAACUGAAUCUGAUGAAUAUGUAGAUUCAUUGAAGGAAGCAAGAAGAAUCAAGGAAAUAACAGAGAAUUUUGCAUCUCAUAAUCCAGGAAAAAUAUUUGAAAUGUUUUCUCAGUCUAUCGACCAAUAUUUUAAUAAAGAUCCCUCGGAAGCAUCACUGGAGUCUGAACAGUUCUCAAAGAUAAUAGAAGAUAUUCAAGGCUGCACCAAAUACUUAGCAAUUUGGAAUUUACAUUUCAAUAAUU